CUGAGCUCUUGGUGACGGCGGGGACGGGAUCGGGGCAGGCCGGUCUGCUGGCGGGCACACGGCGGCGGCGGCGGCGGCGGCGGCGACGGCGGGGGUUGGGGGGGGAGACGAGCCUCCGCGCUUGGAGGACACUAAAAAGACACCAAGAAGCACCAGCGGCGGCAGCACAAAUCGCCCCGCCACCAUUUUCGCCCUCCGGUCUGCUUUCUUUUUCGCUUUCUGCGCGGACUUGAGCAUCAAGCGAUGCGCUCGGAGGAGCACCAGGAGACCACCGCCGACACUGGCACCGCCUCGCGGGCUCGCUUCCGUCCACAUUUGGCCUGUUGACAGUCGCGCUUGUGCCAAGUCAGCGACGGGGCCGUUUCGUGCUCGAUGCGCUUGGGAAUAAAAAGACGCGAGAAUGGUGCGGAAAGGGACCGCCUCUCCAGACACCUAAUCGUACAAAUAACAACAACAACAACAACACUUGGCUGCAUAUUUGCCUUUGACUGAAAAGAAGAAGAGGGGGGGGGGGGUGGAGGCGUCACGUUGACGAGGAGCCGCUGGGCUCGGCUGCGAGCGGCGCGCAGGACUUUGCUUCGCCAAGUUUGGAUUCGCUUCUAAGGUGCGGUCAUGCUUUCCCUGGACGAGCCCCUAGACCUAAAGCUCCCCCGUCGGACCAACGGGCGAGACCGGGGGUUGCGCUCACCCCCCUCGUCGCCGCCGGUCCCCAAGCGGGCUCGCCAUCUCCGCAUGGCGGACGACGGCACGGCGGUCAUCGAUCCCGCCUCCCCGGCAUCCCCGCACGGAGGUACGCAGGUCGUCCCCCGUGAACGAACAGAUGCCCCCACGCCCCCUGUGGUGGAUCUGAGCGUGUCUCCCUCCUCUCUUCGUCACAUGGCCACCUCGCCCGAGAUGACCAACGGCAACUACGCUCCCGCGCUGAAUUCGCAGCUCUCGCAGGCCUUUCAGUUUUUUGUGCCAAUCGGAGCCGGGGCGGGACUUCACCUGCCGUCUUCCAUGUUCAUCGGCCCGGCGGGCGACAGACGGGUCUCUCCCGACCUCUCGGCGGACGAACAGCUGGCUUGCCGCUGGAAGAAGUGCCACCUGCUCUUCGACUCUCUUCAAGACCUGGUCGACCACGUGAACGACUUCCACGUCAAGCCGGAGAAGGAGACGGGCUACUGCUGCCAUUGGGAAGGCUGCGCCCGCAAAGGGAGGGGGUUCAACGCCAGGUACAAGAUGCUGAUCCACAUCCGGACGCACACCAACGAGAAGCCUCACCGCUGUCCCACCUGCAACAAGAGCUUCUCGCGCCUCGAGAACCUCAAGAUCCACAACCGCUCUCACACAGGUGAAAAGCCCUACAUAUGUCCGUACGAGGGUUGCAACAAGCGCUACUCCAACUCGAGCGACCGCUUCAAGCACACGCGCACGCACUACGUGGACAAGCCCUACUACUGCAAGAUGGUGGGCUGCCUGAAGCGCUACACCGACCCCAGUUCUCUACGCAAGCACAUCAAGGCCCACGGCCAUUUUGUGGCUCAGGAUCGGGGCUCGCCGGGCGGGGUGGGGUCCCUGCUGAAGGGAAGUCAGAGCGUCGUUUUCGCUAGCGGAGGGGGGAAGGAUUCAGAGGUGUCCUACGUGAGCGGGGCGCACAUUAUCGUCCCCGGGGCGGGAGCUCUCCUGGGUGCCCGCGCUCUGCAGGGCCUGGGCGGAUCCCUUCCCUUGUCCCCCCUCAGUCCUCGCCCCCUGGACCUCAGAACGCCGGGUUGCCCUAGCUGGCCCCCGGGCGGCUCGGCGGGGGCUUCGGUCUCGUCGUUCGACGGCUCCCCGCUGGGCCUGGCCAAGUCGUCUCUGCUCUCCGCGGCGUUGGCCUCCUCGGCCCUGGGCGCGCCCCCGGUGCCCGUGCUGGGGACCGGCGGCGCCCAGCGCGGGGCCCCGAUCCUGCGGGCCAAGAAAGGUCGAGGGGAGGAGGUCGAGAGCGAGGUUGCCGGGGGGGUGCUUAACCUUUCCACGGGAGGGUCUCAUGAUCCCUUGUCCUGGGUGGUCAUCCCCCCAGGCACCGUGGUGCUCAACCCAGCUGUGGUCAACUGAUACACACACACACACACACAUUCCAGAAGAGCUCAGGGGGUCGGACGUACGGGCGGUCCCGGGGGGGGGGGACCGGCUCACACCAUAGCUUCAAAGAGAAUAGCAUAUCUGCAACAAUAUGGAGACUUAAAUCGACACGACAUUUUAGAAGACGUGUUGAACGCGGGCCUCUUUUGUCUCCGGUGGGGGGGUGGGGGGGGCUCAAGAAUAUUUGUAAAACGCAGCCCAAGCGAGGGCUUCUGCUUUCUCGUUUUUAUACUUUUAUUCAUUCCCCGUUUGUUGGUUCUGUGGACGGAGCCCACGAACGUGAUAAGUCUUACAAAAGUCCUUCAGUUCUUUUUCCGGUAUUUAUAAUGGAUUAUUGAGCGUGUGCCUCCGGGCGAGCAGCGAGACGAUAGCCGACGAACCCCGCGAGGAAACACAAUGACGGCGCCCUCCGCUGGGCAAAUGCGCACGUUUUCGAUGAUUCAGACAAGCUUGCCAGACCAAAGCAAGUGAACGUAAAGCGUCUCCAACGGUUCAGUUACACACAGCACUUAUCUGGUUAUAGUCCUGAAACCUCAAAACUGCUGCUAACCUCUUGGUGUGACCGAGAGCUAGUCUCGUUUUUUUUGUUUUUUGACAAUCGGUCUCCAUUUUUGGGUGGGCCGAACAACGUGGACCAUCCCAGUCCAGCCAGGCUUUUCAGACCUGGAGCUUUUAGAGCAAUCUUGAGGUCAGACAACCGGUGAUCCAUCACCUGGCAAAGACCAACGAUCACUUCCUCUUUGGGAAAUGGACGGCACGAGUGUUUAGCUCCCCCCAGUGGCGCGACGAGGGGCACGACGUCCCCCGUCGAACGGAAUUGGCACAAGGUUUUGCUCCGGGAUUGUCCAGCUGCUUUCCCGUAAUGGAAUCAACACGGCCGGUUUGUGUAUGAAAGGGCCACUGUGGCGAUAAACACUGCCUUGUUUUGUGUUUUCUUAAAAGGGCGACCCAGCUGCGAAAAACAGAUGGCCGCCAACUAACCGCUUCGCCGACGCGGUGGAAGUUUCGGUUCCGCUUUCGACAAACCGCGCCAAAAAUAUGUAACGGAGGUGAACUGGGAUGGACGAAGUGGGCUGGGGAGAACCAAACACUCAGUGGAAAGUGCAGCCGGACUGACCAUGAAGCCACACUUUAGCAAACUGCCUCAUUUUAUAGAAAAAUGUUUUUGGUUUUGUUUGGUGUGAUGAAGCAGUUCCACGCACUUAGCAUAGAUGCCAUUUCUUCUACAUUUUAUGGAAUGUUACUGUCGAAUUUAGCUAUUUGGAGUAUUGUGGGGGGGGGGGUAUCAAGUGCGCAAAAUGGCUGAGGAAAGCGAGAGAGCGAAUCAACACAUUGAUUUCCUCGUGCGAUUCGCAUCUGCUCUUCUUCCCAUCUGUUCCGUUGUUAGCCUUCCCUUGGCCGGCGCCCACUUUUCAAUAAACCUUGUUGCCGUCUUACGUACGUAUAUAUAUAUAUAUAUAUAUAUAUACAUAUAUAUAUUUUAUCU